UGAGUGUGUUGUGACUCAUUUCUUUUUCUUGUGAUUUUUAACCUUACACUUAACCCGGCCUGAUUUGUCAACUUGUUUUAAUUGACGCAUCUUUGUUGGCGAAACAUUUAUAACUUCUUGGCAGUGACUGAGUUUUACGAAAAUUGAAAAGACGAAAACUGUUUCCGUAAUCCUAACUGUAAUUUAUCUUGCGAAGACUCUGUCCAACCCUAUAUUAUCAGGACAAGUGCCAGCACGCCAUUUUAAAGCUGUAAGAUAAAGAAACUCACGCGGAGUAUAUCAGAUUUCAGUGAUAAGAAGUAGAAGUAGAGGAUCAAAACAACUUAUUCAAGCAACUACUUCCUAACUGUAAUCUAUCUUGUGAAGACUCUGUCCAACCCUAUAUUAUCAGGUUUCAGUUCACAGAAAUAGAGGGGAUCAAAAAACUCAGUCAAUCUUAACAGCCUUUCAACAUCAGACUAUCUUACUCCUACUGAACGAUGGAAUACUAUAUACAGAACGGAGAAGAAAUAUUCCUCAAGUUCUGCAACUCACCUGACAACCUUCAUCCCAUUAUGCUACCGAGAGCACCAGAUCAGACUUAUAUUGAUAGGUACCCGGAGAGUAGUCCUGACUUCAGAGACGAAAGACAACGGCAGUCUGAUUAUGAGGCUGAAGUUAUAGUGUUUAGGGCCGUAGAGAAAUUGGACGAAAAGAAAGUGAUCGUUCUGCAUAAUUUUGAAUACACGCACCACCAAUAUCGAUUGUGCGAUAAAGAUCAUGUGAGAAAGGGCUGUCCUAAUUGUAAAAAGCCUGUACGUGAAGGAGAGUGUGAUUUUUUGGUGAUUUGUCCAGAUCGAUUCAUAAUCAUAGAGGUUAAAAACAUGACAAAUUUUGACAAGGAGUUUUUGGCAUGUGAGCCAGAUUUUCAUUUGUGCUCGAUUGGAGACGACUGGGAGAAAGCUGAAUGCAUGACCAUGAAGAAGCAUUCAGAGGUGUUGAAUAAGACAUUUCAAAAAUCAGUGCUGCAGAGGCAUAAGAUAGUAAACUUAAUCGGAUGUCUUGACAAGGACAUACCAAUUCUUCAGUUUACGGCGUAUCCUAAUUUUAGUGCAAAGUAUCGAGAAGAAUUCACCGAUCAACAUGAUCAAAGUUCAAUAAUAUUCAAAGAAGAUUUGGAUGACUUCUCUGCUUGGUGGUUGGAAAAAGUCAUCAACAAUCCCCUACGCCUAGAUCUCAGAGUAAAUCUCCCGAACAAUUGCGAAAACGUAAGAAACACGUUGUUAGCUCUAUGGUGUACAGAUAAAAAUAAGUGUGAUCAAUCUAGGUGCAGUCUAGGGCAGUCUAUCUUGAACAUUAGUACACGGCUCAAAGAAGGAAAAUUUACUUUUGUACCUAAAAAAGUGAAGAAUCGGGCGCAGAAUCCCGGAGUCAUUAAAGCUUCCGAUGUUAUCAUGAACUAUGUAAAAGUGGAAAACCUAACAGUAGAACAAGAUAAUGCUUUCAAAUCAAAAGAGAACUUUUUGUGGAUUACCGGACCCGCAGGGGCGGGUAAAACUGUCAUAUUGUGUGGUAAAAUACUGGAACUGUUAGAAUCUGAUAAGGACAACAAAGUUGUGGUAUUUAAGUUUACUGGAGAGGGUAACAAUUCAGAGCAUUAUCAAAGUGCGUUAGAUAACGCUAUUAUAAAAUACGAACUGAUAAGCUCUAGUGAAGAUGAACACACUCCCACACAACUAGCUAAUCUAAUUAUAACAGAGAUUGUUAUCUGUUUUCUGUUGUGUUUCGGAAAACUAGUUAAUCUUGAUAUGUCAACCAACGAGAUCUGGAAACAUUUCACAAAAGAGGGGGACAACGUGGCCUGCAUGCAAUGUGACAAGUCUUUUCUCAGCACAACAGCCAGAAGGUCUUACACUAAUCUUUGGUACCACUUGAGAGUUAAACACGGUAUAGAAAAUGCAGCUGCUAAUAAUGAUAAAUCUUCGGCAUCCCCCAAAGUCAAGCGACCAAAAAAUCAGUCCCUAAUAGUAUCUUACAUCGAAAAGAAAACUCAAGCCGAAAUGUAUAGCCGUUUAGCGGCUGUGGAGUUCCACUUUGUGUAA